CGGAUGCAGCAUAAGCGCAAUAACCGGAAGUUGAUGUAGGUCAGACUGGAACAUACCCACAGACAUAAUAGAAAUUGAAUUUUCAAAGCGAUUGUCUUGGGUUUUGUAUGGAACCAUCGCCGAAAGCACGCAAAGAAACAGCAAAAUUGCAGUUGCUCGGGAAAAUGCAGUGAAAGGAAUAGACUGCCUGUCAGAAGGAAGAAGAGUCAGAGUAGUAUCAAGGGUGUGUUUCACGCGGUUUCUUCUUCGAAGUGGAGUUAAACGCAAAAGAAAUCGGAAAUCUGUUUCUUGCGUUGUCUCUAUGUGUUAUUCGUGUUGUUUAAGAGGCAAUGGACGCAGUUUUUAUAUUUAUUUAUGAUAAACGUUGCAAAAACUUUGUGAAGUAUUUACAAUACGAAUGAAAGAACAAUUCGCCGACGUUUGUCCUUGAGAGCGUGCAACUACUGCAUAAGCUGCAUUCUUUCAGUAAUGAUGGGAACGAUGAAGAAGGACGUUAGAAUUCUUCUCGUCGGAGACGCUUCUGUUGGGAAAACAUCCUUGAUCCUCUCACUUGUGAGUGAAGAAUUUGCAGAAGAGGUUCCUGCGAAAGCCGAGGAGAUUACCAUCCCAGCUGAUGUUACUCCAGAACAUGUCCCAACACAUAUUGUUGACUACUCUGCAAGAGAGCAAGAGGAUUCUGUUCUUGAAGAAGAAAUUGCAAAGGCCAGUGUCAUCUGUGUUGUAUAUUCUGUGGUGGAUGAAGAUUCCAUACAAAGACUGACUACAUAUUGGUUACCUUUGGUUCGAAACUCACUGGGUGAUGAGCAUCGCACGCCUAUCAUUCUUGUGGGAAAUAAAGUGGACUUGGCAGACUAUCCCACUCUUGAAAGUAUUUUGCCGAUUAUGAAUGAUUUUUCAGAGGUGGAAACCUGCGUGGAGUGCUCUGCUCGGAGUCUAAAGAACAUUAGUGAGGUGUUUUAUUAUGCACAAAAAGCUGUCCUGCAUCCAACAGCUCCUGUAUAUAAUCCUGAAGAAAAAGAGUUAACACUUGCUGCAAAAAAAGCACUAACACGAAUUUUUAAGAUCUGUGAUCUUGACAACGAUUCACUGCUAAAUGAUACUGAAGUCAACCUCUUUCAGCAAAAAUGUUUUAAUGCACCUCUGCAUCCUCAAGCAUUAGAAGAUGUGAAAGCAAUUGUGAGCAGGCACACAACCGAUGGCAUCAUAGAUAAUGCUAUUUCUAUUAAAGGUUUUCUUUUCCUACAUACAUUGUUCAUCCAGAAAGGACGACAUGAGACGACAUGGACAGUGCUCAGAAAAUUUGGCUAUGAUGACAAUCUCCAGCUCACAAAUGAAUUUAUUGCUCCUAGAAUACAGGUUGGACCUGGAUGUACCACUGAGUUGACUCAUCAGGGCUAUCAGUUCCUUGUGUCUCUUUUCGAAAAAUAUGAUGAGGAUAGGGACAGCUGCCUGUCACCUGAAGAAAUGCAGAACUUGUUUAGCACUUGCCCCUUCAUGCCUUGGGGUCCUGAUGUCAACAACACUGUAGCUACCAACCCUUAUGGCUGGAUUAGUUUGAAUGGCUAUUUGGCACAGUGGACUCUAACCACACUGCUGGAUGUGCCACGUACAAUGGAGUUCCUAGCAUAUCUGGGCUAUCACUACCACCAUGACAGCCAACUGUCUGCAGUGCAUGUCACUCGUGACAAAAAGCUGGAUUUGGAGAAACGCCAGACCACCCGAAAUGUCUUCCGAUGUCAUGUGUUGGGUGCAAAACAUGUAGGCAAGACUUCAUUUUUGCAAGGGUUGCUGCGAAGAAAUCUCCGUUAUGUGGCCACGCUAAACAAACAGCACCUUUCCAAUUUCACCAUAAACACAGUACAAGUUUAUGGUCAGGAAAAAUACCUUCUGUUGCAUGAGGUGGAUGUGACAAUGAGUGAAAUGCUGACGCCCACAGAGCUUGACUGUGAUGUUGCCUGCCUUCUGUAUGAUGUAACCAACCCACGCACUUUUGAGUUCUGUGCUCGAAUGUACCUGAAACACUUCAUUGACAGCAAGAUUCCCACACUGGUUGUGGCAUGCAAGGCAGAACAUCCAGAAGUGAGGCAGAGUUAUGACUUUACACCUACUCAGUUCUGUCAACGCUACCGUUUGCCUCCACCGCAACACUUCACUUGCAUGGACACACUAAACUGGGAUGUGUAUGUCAAACUUGCCACAAUGGCUGCCUAUCCCAACCUCAAACGAUUGGUUCACAUGUUGCUGGUGCACCAGCGUCCAUUAUGGCUGGAGGAGAGAAUAAGACACCUCAGGAGCCUGUACACAGAUGAGAACAAGAUAUAUAUACACAUUGGACUAGGAACUGCUGCCUUUGCUGCCCUAUCCUUUGUUAUCUACAAGAUUAUAAGAUCUCUCAGAUGAAGACUGCUUUGUGUUAGUUUUCUCAGCUUUACAACCAUGGUCGAAUUGUGCAAGGACUGGCCUGUAGUGUGCUGUGGUAGCUGAAUGUUGGUGUGAAAACUUUUUCUGUGAAUUAGCACUUUGUGCUUGGGUUGGGAGAUGAUGAAGACCUGCUUAGUGCAAUUCAGAAUGGUCCAUACUGUCAUGCUGAGAGUACUGCAAAUUGCAAAAUGAGUGUGUGAGUGUCUGACUUGAUGUCAUGUUGACUCCACCCCUAUAAGGUUAAUGCCGCAACACUGUAGCUCCAGAUGCAUGCUCCCAGUUGUAGGAGAUGUCAUUUUUUUUUAAAUUCUUUAUUCGGACUGAAAACAUAAAGAAGGAUUGGUAAAGUAUCACAGACUUGAUCAAAAGCAAAGCAUUUUUAACACUUUUAAUCAUGCAUCAUAGGGUGUGGGGUGUAUUUAUUGUGAGCAAGACAAGGCAGAAAAGGAUGUUGCGUAAGUUCUAAUUGCCUCCUAGAGAGGAGUUUUCCUUCCCUAGGCGAGGACGCAGUUUUGAAAGUUUUAUAGGUUUCUCGACCUUCUCACCUUUUAAGGAAAACUUUUUAUGUCCUAUUUCUUGAACUUUCUUUGUACAUUGUGUAUAGAUUUAAUAGCUCUGAUCCUCUUUUUGGGGAUUUAUUGAGAGAAUUUUAUGUCAAUCAUGAAAAUGUAAGGUAAAGAAGAUUCCAAAAUUAAAUUUCUUUGAGUACACUUUGGUGAGUGGUAUGCACACUGUGAGAUGUAUAACUCUUGACUUUGAUCAGAUGUGAGUGUAGACAUGUUGCCUUGGCUUUUCUCAAAACAUUUGAAAUUAGCAUAUUGAGAACUUGAAUAAAUGCAUGUUUCACUCUGUCUAAACCAAUCUUUCAAACAGAAACGUUUCAGAGCAUGUGGUAAGAUUGAUCUGUUAAAGGGUAGACAGGAAAUUCUACCUUUCCUAUUCUGCAGGCUGCUCUUGUUUCUCAGAUUCUUCUUUUGCAUUUGUUAGAACCUGUUUGUUCAGCAGAUAACUGCCAGCAUGUAAUUGCACUAAUGUGAGCCAACACUGCAGACAGAUGUGAAAGUAUGAGUCGCAUUGCCAGCAACAGUAGUAUCAUGGAAAGAAAGAAAAAUGGAAAUUUAAAUCUUGAGCUUGUUCAUCUCAGUUCCUGUCUUCCUUCAUUUGUACCAGUUGGUCUAGAGAUCUCGCAUGGAUAGGCACAACAGCUAACAAAAGCCUGCCAGGGAUGUCAGUCUUCGGCAGUAGUGACCAGUCCACUCCAUGUUAGUAAGCCAACUUUUCUUCUGGCCUUCACAGUGUCGACCACCCUUCAAGGGACUGUAAAGGACAGUGUGUCAUGCUGGGUCCCAGCUGACUGCUGCAAGCAGGCGUUCCAGGGAUCCCAUGAGUGUGGUGAUCAUGCUUCAUACAGAGUAGUUGGUGGUUUUACCUAUACAAGAUCCUGUAAGCAGCCUGCUUAGUGUAUUGGGGUACUUGUAGGAGAUUGUUGACUAUGCUAAACCUAAUGUGGCUGCACCAGACCCUGGCCAGUUUUGCUGUCACAGUCCUGAUGCAGAUAUCUUCAUGGAGCUGCCUUCUUUGGAUAUGGUGGCUCUGGUGUAUUUAAAGCUGUUUAUCUCUUCAGUCUGUAUGCUGUUAAUGUUGAUAUCUUUGCUUUGCCAUUGCCUGUGACCAUGAGUUUACUUCUGUUAGUGCUGGCAUUCCAUAUACAUUUGAACUGUUAGUCUGUUGAUAAGGUAAGCCUUCUCUUAUGGAAGUGUGAUAGUCCAGGAGGGUUUCCCUUCUUAAAGGCUAAACAGAUUAAAAAACAGAUUAUUUGGUUGUAUUAUUUAUACAAGAUACUAAUUCCCCAAAACUUCCCAAACUGAGAAACCAUUUCUGUUUACAAGACACCAGUCUUGAAACGCCAACUGUGUUCCAUCAGCUCUGAGUUUAGUUUUAUAUCAGAUAGCCCUUUUUUAAAGUCUGGCAUGAUGCACAUAAAUUAAAUUCAGUAUUAGUAACAGUCAAAGGCGAGAUUUUGCACAAAGUCCCUCGGGAUUAAAAGGGAGAGCAUCAAUAAUAAUUCAAACCUUGGAAAAACUUCGAGCUAUACAUAUUCUGUUCUAAAGGUGAACAUUGUAUUCAUCAAUACUCAUCUUGCAACUAAGGAAAAAUCUAGAAUGUAUUUUCAGAACAAGUGAUUUAAUUUGGUAUUCUUUGCAGUUUGGGGUCAAGUGCAAACAGUGACAUAACAGGCAGAUUAUAGAGAUCUUGUUUCCUGCUGCCUUGCAUGGAGUUGUAUUGUCCUGAUCCUUAAAAAGUGGGACUUCGACAACAUAUGUACAAUUACUCAAGAAAUUUGUGGUGCUACAUCUGUAGCAUAAUGAAAGGCGAUGCAGCGUUAAUAAAAAAAUAUGGCUUCAGGCUAUGACUCUGGUACAUGACAGAUAAUUGUUCGUCUGUGUGGCUAAAAGUGAAUAAAGUCAUUUAAAAAGAGGCA